AUGGGGUUUGCUGAAGACAAAGUGUACGAGUACAUUUUGAAAAACUUGAGGAAUUUCAGGAACAUCCGGGUGGCAUCGCUGGCCGAUUCCCUGAGCUGCCUGACCGACGCUGACAGAGAUGAGCUUCACUCCCGGGAGGAGACACGGGGAAGCCAGGCCACUGUCUAUAGGUUCUACCAGCACCUGAAGUGCCGGCAGGGCUGGGUCCCUGACCUCAUCGAUGCGCUGCGCCACAACAACGCUGGGCACCUGGCUGAUGAGCUGCAGCAUGUCUACGACUCCUGGCAAGUCUCCAGCAGUGCCCAUCCUGCCACCUCCAUCCGCGCCCAGACCCCACCCCCACAGCCUGUCCCAGCUCCGAGUGCACCCUUGGCAGAGCAGCUGUGCCAAGACCUGCCCAGGGUUGCCACCACUGAGCAGGACGCCAGGACCCCAGUGCAGGAGUCGCUCUCCAAAACCCUCCCAGAUCAAGAGAGUCCCCAGCCACCUCUGCCUGGAAGCACUGUCUGUGAUGGAACCAGCAAUGGGAACAGCAGAGAGGGGCACCUCCUGCAGCCCACUGAGGCCACCCAUGGGGCAGCCAGCAUGGAUGUGGCAUUGGCUGUCCACCCCGAGCAGGGCCAGGCCUGGCUGAGCCGCCCGCAGCACCCGGUGUGCGUGGACAACGGCUGCUUUGGCAAUGCCAACCACCUGCAGCGUGGUGCACCGGGCCUGGGGCUGCCAGCCAGGCAGCCGGGCGCUGCCCACCACCCCCUGCCGCCCCGGAACGAGCCCCAGGAGGACUCAUACAUCUCCACUGAGUCACCCCGAGGCGAGGGGCUGCAGCCCUCAGACUCCACACCAAAGAACCAGGCUGUGCCCAGCUCUGAGCCCCCGGGGAGCUUCGUGGAUGUGCGCAGCCCCCUCCUCAUCCAGCAGCAGUUCGAUGUGGAGCAGAAGCAGAUCAGGAUGGAGGAGGAUGGAGGAGCAGGUCAGCAAGAGGAUGGAGGAGACACAGCAGACACACGGAUGGAAACAGCCACCCCAGUUUCUACCCCUGUGCCUACAGACACUUCUCCAUCUCACACCACCCCCCUGAAUCUUGCACGAGAGGACAAGCCACCCAUGGGGGAGAUGGCCAGCAGCACCCCCUCUGUGCCAACAAAGGAGAAAGUGCUCCCAGCCUUGGUGGACCCUCUCCCCCAUGUUGCAGGAAGCUUGGAAGUCCCAUCUGGGAGGAUGGCAUGCCGGGUGAGCUGUGACACAGGUAUCGGGGAGCCUUGCAGCGGUGUGGAGGAUGAUGUGGAGCUCAGCAAGCCAGGUACCCUCCUCUCUGUACCUAGCUUCAGCUUAAACAGCGACGCACUCAUGGUGAGCACAGAUAGCUCCAGCUCAGGAGAAGCAUUCUCCAGGCUCUCCUCGAGAUGCCCAGCUCCACCAGCUCAUGCAGACCCCAGGGAAGAGGAGGCAGCUGGAGCAAGCAGAGAUUCCCAUCCACCUCCGAGCUGGGACAGCACCUCCCUGAGUAUCCAUGAGGACCACUACCCCAGCAUCCAGCUCAGGGAAGGCAACAACAUCCAGGAUGGAGCCGAUCCCCUUGGAAACCCUCCAGUUUUGGACCCAAGCAGGGGCUGUGGGACUGUGAGCAGCUUGCCUGAGGCCGGAGUGUCCCCCAGGGACAUCAGCAGACCGUCCCUGCCCUACAUCCUUCCAGCUGUGGGCAUUGCUCUGAUCUCAGCCUUUCUGGUGUACAAUCGACUGCAGAAAUAGCCCUGCAGGGGAUGGGAUGCCACCACUGU